AAGUUGGUAUUGAUUUUCUUAGUGAUUAGUACAGUUUUGAAAUUGAUUACGAAAUGUGAUAAAUAUUGCAAAAUACAGAAAUCAUGCAAAAAUCAUUUUUAUUAAAUUUAAGUAAAAACCAAAUUAAAUUCUCAAGAUAUAAAUCGAAUCUCGAAGCAUUGAAAGAGCGUAUUAGAAACGGUCCAGCCUUACAAGAAUUCAUUCAAACAGAACCAGUUUCACAAGACUGGUCGCAAUAUGAAGGCAAAUUAAAACGAGGAAAAGGAGAAGAUGAAAGAUUGAGGUUACCACCUUGGUUGAAAAGAACGAUCCCGACCGGGAAGAAUUUUAGUAGAAUCAAGGAACAAUUGAGAGAUUUAAACUUACAUACUGUAUGCGAAGAAGCGAGAUGUCCUAAUAUAGGUGAAUGUUGGGGAGGCGGCGAACACGGUACAGCUACAGCUACUAUAAUGUUACUCGGUGAUACUUGUACGAGAGGCUGUAGGUUUUGUUCUGUUAAAACAUCGAGAGCUCCUCCUAUGCCGGAUAUAAACGAACCCGAUAAUACCGCUAAAGCUAUUGUAUCUUGGGGGUUGGAUUAUGUUGUUUUAACUUCUGUCGAUAGAGAUGAUUUACCGGAUGGGGGUUCGAAUCAUUUUGCAAAUACUGUCCAAAAAAUAAAAGAAAGGAAUAGUGAUAUUUUAGUGGAAUGUCUCGUGCCGGAUUUUAGAGGAGAUUUAGAACAAGUGAAAAUAAUCGCUGAAAGUGGUUUGGAUGUUUAUGCUCAUAAUGUGGAAACUGUUGAGGCAUUAACUCCUCAUGUGAGGGAUAGGAGAGCUAAAUAUAGGCAAUCUUUAUCGACUUUAAAAGCGGCUAAAGGCUUCAAUAGCAAUCUAAUAACGAAAUCGUCUAUAAUGUUGGGUUUGGGUGAAACCGACUACGAAGUAGAACAAACUUUGAAAGAUUUACGAGAAAAUGGAGUAGAUUGUGUGACUCUGGGUCAAUAUAUGCAACCUACUAAACGACAUUUGAAAGUUGUGGAAUACGUUACCCCUGCUAAAUUUGAACAAUGGGAAAAAGUUGGUAAGGAAAUGGGUUUUCUUUACGUGGCUAGCGGACCGUUGGUUAGGAGUUCAUAUAAAGCCGGGGAGUUUUUUAUAGCUGGAAUUUUGAAAAAUAGAAAAACUUCUACGAUACAUGAAUAAACAAUUCUAUUAUUUGUUAAUAAAAUGAUUAAUUUGU